AUGGCAGCUUCUCACACUGACAGAAUCUGGCUCACCGAUUUGGCCGAUGAAUUCCCUGCGACUGUCCAACUAGAUGGACUUGAUGUCUCCUUCGAUGCGGCUCCUCCACGGGACUGGCUCCCACCCAAUAUGAGCCUUCACCAUUGGGACAUCAAGGCCAAAGUCCCUGAGCACCUGGUUGGUGUCUAUGACGUGGUUAAUGUCCGCCAUUUCGUUUUUGUUCUCCAACAAUCUGACAUGAAAGGUGUCCUCGACAAUCUAUUCAAACUUCUCAGUACGUCAGACAGUUUCUACAAUUUUCGUAUCUCUAACAGCUGGUUUACAGAGCCCGGAGGUUAUCUUCAGUGGACUGAUCUCGACAUGUCUUCACUUCGUGUCGAGAAAAUCAACCCGGACAUCAAGGCGGACGCGAACGUCAAGUUAAUGCAACUUUUCCAGGCCAAUGAUACCCGUCUUCGUACCGCGUGGGGUGCAAGUCUGCCCUCGCAUUUUGCACAGAGCGGAUUCACCAAUGUGAAAUCUGAUGUGAGGGAUGCACCACCCCAUUUGGCAGUUGCACUGCAUGAGUGUGGGAUGUUGGCCACGGAGGUCUUAGCGCGAAACAAAGUAGGUGGGAACGAGCAGAUGGUGCAGCAACUUAGACAAACCCUGGCCGAGGCUGCAAAGGAGACUCGUCAGGGAUCUGUUCUGGCUUUUACUAGACUUACUGUCGUCGGUCAGAAGCCGAGCCAGUAG